AUGCCAGACUUUGAUGCUCCCUACACCGAAAUUCGCCAUUGUUUGGGCGUUCAUCUCAGGAAUUAUGCCAAAUGUUCAAAAGUAUUUGCCAGGGCUUCAAAUUUAGAGACACACCUGAGAACCCAUUCUGGCGAGAAGCCAUUUGCCUGUGAACUUUGUUGGAAGAAAUUUUCCAGUGCUUCAAAUUUAAAGAAACACCUGAGUUCUCAUACUGGCGAGAAGCCAUUUGCCUGUAAACAUUGCACAAAGCAAUUUCUCACCCCUUCCUAUUUAAAGGUACAUCUGAGGAUCCACACUGGCGAGAAACCUUAUUCCUGUGAUCAUUGUUCUAAAGCAUUUUCAAACGUUUCACAAUUAAAUCAACAUCUGAGAAUCCAUACUGGCGAGAAACCUCAUUCCUGUGAUCAUUGUUCUAAAGCAUUUUCCAACAUUUCACAUUUAAAUCGACAUCUGAGGACCCAUACUGGAGAGAAACCGUACUCCUGUCAACAGUGUUCAAAAGAAUUUUCCGACGCUUCAAAUUUAAAGGUACAUCUGAGGAUCCACACUGGCGAGAAACCGUAUUCUUGUGAGCAGUGUUCAAAAGCAUUUCCCAGCGCUUCACAUUUACGGAAACAUCUGAGGAUCCACACUGGUGAGAAACCGUAUUCCUGUGACCAUUGUUCAAAAGUAUAUUCCGACGCUUCAAACUUAAAGGCACAUCUGAGGAUCCAUACUGGCGAGAAACCGUAUUCCUGUGAGCAGUGUCCAAAAGCUUUUUCCAAAAUUUCACACUUAAACUUACAUCUGAGGAUCCAUACUGGUGAGAAACCUUAUUCCUGUGAUCAUUGUUCUAAAGCAUUUUCCAACAUUUCACAAUUAAAUCGACAUCUGAGGACCCAUACUGGCGAGAAACCUCAUUCCUGUGAUCAUUGUUCUAAAGCAUUUUCCAACAUUUCACAAUUAAAUCGACAUCUGAGGACCCAUACUGGCGAGAAACCGUACUCCUGUCAACAGUGUUCAAAAGAAUUUUCCGACGCUUCAAAUUUAAAGGUACAUCUGAGGAUCCAUAGUGGAGAGAGACCAAUUACCUGUGUUCAUUGUUCAAAAACAUUUUUUUUCGCCUCUGAAAUAAGGAGACAUCUGAGAACCCAUACUGGAGAGAAACCGUAUUCUUGUGAGCUUUGCUUAAAGGGAUUUUUUGGAUCUGGAAACUUAAAAAGACACAUGAGAACCCACACAGGCGAAAAACCAUUUUCCUGUAAUACACAUCUGAGAACCCAUACUGGCGAGAAACCGUAUUCCUGUGAGCAGUGCUCAAAAGCCUUUUCCAACGCUUCACAUUUAAAGAAACAUCUGAGGAUCCAUACUCGUAAGAAACCGUAUUCAUGUGAGUAGUGUUCAAAAGCCUUUACCUACGCUUCACAUUUAAGGAAACAUCUGAGGAUCCAUACUCGUGAGAAACCGUAUUCCUGUGAGUAGUGUUCAAAA